CCACUGAACUCCCUCCCUGGGAGAGAUGCAAACCCAGAUCCAGGCGGCGAUAGCUCGGUCGCGGCUGAGGAAGCAGCAUCUCCACCGUCGAGUCUCUCCGUCUCGAGCAUUGCCGCGCCGUCCUCUUCUCCGAGCUCUGUUGUUUCGCCGUCCUCUUCUCCAGCCCUCCCUUCGUGGUACUUUAAUUAGGUGUUGAAGUUUCCAUCUAUGACCAGAACGUGGUAAGACUUUGGGGAGCUUCACCCCAGAAAACACAAAAUUUGGUAUUGGGCUUAGGUUCAUCAUCCAUCAUCGAUCAUCUCUCCCUUCACUCUACUUAGUCACUGAUCCACACCAUCUUUGCCAACGACGGGUCUUCUGGCUUCGUUGACCCUCUCUUUCUCUUUAUCCAUUUAUUUCUCAUUGCCAUUUUGUGCCAAAAUGACGUCGUACCCCUUAUCAUACAUUUUUUCCUUUUUUCUGUCUCAUCACUCAUAACGAUUCUCGUCAAGCUACAACCUUUAACACUCAAAACGCCUCCAUUUCAAAAACCGUCGAUACCCACUAUGUCCCAUUUCCGGAAACUCCAAUUAACAUACUUCAUCUCCAAAAUAUCCCACACUUGCCUUAAACCCUCGCAAAGUCCUAGAUUCCACAGCGCCAAAUCUGCUCCCCAAUCCGCACUAAAAGACUGUGAUUUCAAGUUCCCCUCGAAGGUCAGAAAGGAAGCACAAGUCGCAUUGCUCGAGUACCUUCACUCCACAAGGAGCUUGCAGUUCCUUGAUGCAGACAACAUGUGCAAAAACUCGCCCUUUUUCCUCAACGAUAUUCUGAGCAAGGUUCUUCAGAAGAAGAAGAUCGACACUGCUGCCAGUGACGUCAAGAAAUCAAUCUCGCGUUACCUCCGUUACCACCCAAUUAACGAGUUCGAACCAUUCUUCGAGAGUACAGGUUUGAAGCCUUUUGAAUACUUGCACCUUCUUCCAAGGGACAUGAUGUUCAUCAACGAUGACACUGUGUUGAUGGAGAAUUAUCAUACUCUGUGUAACUAUGGUGUUCCCAGGAACAAAAUGGGAAAGAUCUUCAAGGAUGCACCUCAAGUUUUUCGAUAUGAAAGUGGGGUACUGGUGUCCAAGUUUCAGAGUUAUGAAGAGCUUGGUGUGGCUUCUUCAACUUUGGUAAAGGUGAUUUCUUUGAGCCCUAGAAUUUUGGUUGGGGAUGUUGACCUUUAUCUUGUGAAGGUUUUGGAGAAAUUGAAUCGUCUUGUUGGUGAAGAAAAGGGUAGUACUUGGAUUGAGGAGCAGUUGUUGGAUGAGAGUAGUUGUAAUUUUGGGGUUAUGCAUGAGCUCUUGUGCUUGCUUGAGAAGGUUUACAGUGACAAAAAGUUGUUGGGUGAGAUGAUUGGCCAGCACCCUUUUGUUUGUUUUGAGGAUUCUGGAGUUUGGGCAUUGUCCCUCAUUGUGUUCUUGGUGAAAUUAGGGUUGUCCUUGGACCAAAUAGCUAUAAUUUUUGUCAAGUUUCCGCAAAUUGGGGUGUUGAUGUUUCUGUCGAAUUUGCGCAAAUGUUUUACGUUCCUGUCUGAUAUCGAUAUGCAUGCUGCGGAGAUUGGGAAUAUUUUCCAGUCUCAUUCCUUGCUGAUGGGUUCAUUCACUAUUAAGAAAUCUAGUAGUUUGCUCAGUAGCUUGAAUGUUGGCAAGAAAAGGGUCUGUAAGUUAGUGCAGGAUAAUCCGGAAGGGAUGCAGAAUUGGGCUGUGGGGAGGAAAAUUCAGCCUUACCCUGAGGAUAAGGAAAUGAGGGCUCUGAAAACAGAGUUCUUGAAAACAAAGUUCUUGUUGAGCCUUGGAUACGAAGAGAACUCGGAGGGAAUAAAACAGGCUUUUAAGCUGUUUAGAGGUAAGGGAGAUGAGCUUCAGGAGAGAUACGAUUUUAUUGUUAAUGCUGGCUUGGACGCUAAGGAUGUUCGCGAAAUGAUUAAGGCUUCACCUCAGAUUCUUAAUCAGACCACAGAUAUGAUCAACACGAAAAUUGAGUAUCUUGUGAAUGAAGGAUAUCCUAUAUCAAGUUUAGUCGAUUUCCCAUCUUUUCUUUCCUAUACACUUUGUAGAGUUAAGCUUAGGUUAUCAAUGUAUAAUUGGCUCAGAGACCAUAGAGUUGUUCACCCCAGGCUUGCUUUGAGCACCAUAGUUGCAUGCUCAGAGGAGUUAUUCUUACGGUUGUAUGUAAAUCGGCAUCCAUCUGGCCUUCAAGUUUGGCAGGAUUUGAAGUCCGAAAUUUAUCCUGAGAAUAAUAACAUGAUAUGAUCCCUUGUGGCAAGCA